UGAGCAUACGUUAUUAAUACAUCGACAAGUCUGGAACACUAUGGAGGGGGAGGAGGAAACAGUGCGCAGGCGGAACCACUGUGCUGAGAGCGGAUGGCGAAGAGGAGGGAAAUUUAAAAAGGCCGGACUAGUGACAGGCUCGAAAAAAAUCCGUUAGCUAACGUUAGCUACGUUAAAACCAGCAGCCUCCGAAUAUUACAUACAAACAUAUGAUUUCUUUAGAAACGAGUAUCAACCUCAGCAUCACAAAUGGAGACUUAUAACGAUCAGACUUUAGACUCACCCUCCAAAAACAGCUACAUUGGGAGCUAUUACCGGCCUCCAGACCGAAUAGCAAUGGCAAGACAGCUGGAGUUCCCUACCCACUCAUCCAUCAACAUGGAGCCGCGGAUGACCAGCCCUCGGGUGUCUCAAACCAAACUUAAUAUUGACAGCACAGCUGUUGUUGAUGCACUGAAGACCCUCCAGGAGAAAAUCAGACGACUGGAGCUGGAAAGGAAGCAAGCGGAAAAGAGCUAUAGUCAGUUCUCCCAUGAUGCUCAGAGGCAUCAACAGGUCACAGCAUCUUACACGGUGCCCAGUCAACCAGCUGCCAGCCUGCCUGAGACAGAUAAGCAUAGCAGGAAAGAGCUGGACUCAAAGCUGCAGUCUGCAGAGUCUCGCUGUAAGGUUCUUGAGAAGCAGCUGGACUACAUGAGGAAGAUGGUUGAAAAUGCCAAGAAGGAGAGGAAAGCUCUCAUGGAGAAUCAGGCUUCGCUACAGAAACAGCAGCCAAGUAGCUCAAACACCCAACCUCAACAGGAGAAGCUGGAGAAACUUGAAUCAGAGUGUCUCAAAUUGAGUAGGACUCAAACUGUGGCAGAGACAAAACUUGCCAUUCUGGAGCAAAAACUACUGAAAGAAGAGCAUGAACGUAAACUUGUGCAGGAGAAAGCAGAAGAGCUGCAGAAGGAGUUAGAAAUCAACUUCCGAUUGUCGGAGCCAAUUACUGAAGAAACCAAGCCAAAGAAGAAAACAAACAAGACCACCAAGAAAACCUCCAGACAGAAAGAGGUGGCAUCCCCAAGCGGCCCAAGGCACACAAAAAUGCCCUUUGUGGCAGGAACGUCAACAAGCCCGAGCCAUUCGGUCCACGCCAACAUACAAGGUAUACUUCACAUGAUGAAGCACCAUCAGCCCCAGCUGUGUGAACGAGUGAGUGCUCUGCACAGGUCUGGUUGUGCAGCCAAAAAAAACAUCCAAAAGGACUUUGCUCCAUCUUCCACCACUUUUCACAACCCUGACAAGCAGCCCGACCGAGCAGAUCAGCCACUGGGCUCUCUGUCGGACCUGCUCUUGGCUCUGCAGGAUGAGCUAGGACAAAUGAGCUUUGAACAUCAAGAGUUGGCGCAUCAGAUAGAUGGAAUCCAACAUCACGAGCAGAGGCGGGACCUGCAGAGAGAACUGGAGAGGUUGGUCGUUAGGAUGGAGGAGAAGGGAACUCAGAUCACUAAGCUCCGCAAACACCAGCAGAUGGUCCAUAAAUGGAACCAGAGUCAGCCAUGUGCUGAGGAACACACAGUCAAGACGUCUAGUGGGAUCAAGCCACCUGUUCCCUCUCUUGUUAAGGCUAAGAAGAAAGGAAAGAAAGGUGGGAUCACUCACAACAACCUGCAUCUUCUUAGAGAGACCCAGAAAUUCAGAAACAGCCUAAAACAGGACGACCUCUCCUGGGAAACAUGAGGUACUCUGAACAACCUUUCUGUGUGCAGGCUUUGAUGCUACAGAUGGAUGAACCGCAAGACUCCCCUUGCUUUCUGGCAGCCUGUUUUUUUUUUUUCUCCUCUCUUCAAAUGGCCUCUGGGACAUUUUCAGAAACAAAUGUAAAGAGGGGAUAACGUGUUUUUGUGUUUCUCACAGGACUUGAUUAGGUGUUCCUCAUAAAACCUCUUAAGCAGUGUGUGAUUGACUUUAAAUCUUGCACGUUAUUUUAGGUAGAGGGUGUAUGAAUCAGGACCUUAACCUGUCUCAUCUGAAAUUAAGCUGGAGUAAUCUAUUUUUAAUAUUUUUUUAUUUUUAAUAAAGCUUAUUCUCAUUAAA